GAGGCUAUCGCUGCAGGAGCCACUGUCCUGGUCAAUUAACCUUUGCACAACCGAGAAGCGGCUCGGUAGCGGCCAGUGGGAACCGGAGCCUGCAGGAUUCUGGAAAGUGGUUCUGGGUACCAGUUACAUUCAGGGAUGUAGCUGUGAUCUUCCCGGAAACAGAAUGGAAGAGACUGAGCCCAGAGCAGAAGAAUCUGUACAAAGAAGUGAUGCUGGAGAAUUACAGGAAUCUGUUUUCAUUGGCAGAACCAAAACCAGAAACCUACCCUUGUUCAUCCUGUCUUCUGGCCUCCUCCUGUCAGCAAUUCCUCAGUCAACACACGCUUCAGAUCUUCCAGGGCUUAAGUACAGAAGAUCAUUUCCAUCCAGGGAAUUCCAGUUCAGGGCAUCAGAAACCACAGGAGCACCAGUGUUCUUAUCAGAGCUGCUGGAGUGAAAAUGCAGAAGGCCAAGAGAAAGAAGGUGGCUCCAAACCCUGGUAUGUAAGGACAGAGGAGAGAGAGACAUCAAGGGCAUUCCUCAGCCAACUCCAAGGACAGUCAGCAAGUUCUAGAGAAGGCAACAUGGUGGUGGAAAUAGAGCCCUACUCAGCCCAAAGGGUAAACCCUGUGCAAUCAGACAAAGGAAUGAAAGAAUUAGAAGCCUCGAGAUUUGGAACAAACAACUGUAAAGAACGUGAGCCAGACUAUAGCCCAGAAUCAAACUUCAUUAGAAACUCAAGAACCUUCCUAGGGGAGAAGCCCUGUGUUUGCAGUGAUUGUGGAUGAGGCUUUAAAAAUAGGUCAACCCUCAACAGACACCGUCGGACACACUCAGUGGAGAAGCCAUAUGUUUGCAGUGAUUGUGGGCGAGGCUUUAAAAAUAGGUCAACCCUCAUCAGACACCAGAGGACACACUCAGGGGAGAAGCCUUAUGUCCGUAGGCAGUGUGGACGAGGCUUUAGCCAAAAGUCAAAUGUUGCCCAACACCAGAGGACACACUCAGAUGAGAAGCCUUAUAUUUGCAGGGAGUGUGGGCGAGGUUUUCGUGACAAGUCAACCCUUGUCAUACAUGAGAGGACACACUCGGGAGAGAAGCCUUUUGUGUGCAGUGAGUAUGGCCAAGGCUUUAUCCAGAAAUCACAACUCCUUGUUCACCAGAGGACACACUCAGGGGAGAACCCUUAUGUCUGCAAGGAGUGUAGGUGAGGCUUUAGCUGGAAAUCACACCUUCUUGUCCACCAGAGGAAACACUCAGGGGAGAAGCCUUAUGUCUGUAGGGAAUGUGGACGAAGCUUUAGCCAAAAGUCAUGUGUCAUCACACACCAGAGGACACACUCAGGAGAGAAGCCUUAUAUUUGCAGGGAGUGUGGGCGAGGUUUUAGCAAGAAGUCAUCCCUAAUCAGACACCAGAGGACACACUCAGGGGAGAAGCCUUAUGUCUGCAAGGAGUGUGGACGAGGCUUUAGCCAAAAGUCAUAUCUCAUCAAACACCAGAGAACACACCUAGAUGAGAAGCCUUUUAUUUGCAGGGAGUGUGGGCGAGGCUUUUGUGACAAGUCAACCCUUGUCAUACAUGAGAGGACACAUUCAGGAGAGAAGCCUUAUGUGUGCAGUGAGUGUGGCCAAGGCUUUAUCCGGAAAUCACAACUCCUUGUUCAUCAGAGAUCAUACUCAGGGGAGAAUCCUCAUGUCUGCAGGGAGUGUGGGCGAGGCUUUAGCUGGAAAUCACUCCUACUUGUUCACCAGAGGACACAUUCAGGGGAGAAGCCUUAUGUCUGCAGGGAGUGUGGGCGAGGCUUUAGCCAAAAGUCAUAUCUCAAAAGUCAUAUCAAACAUGAGAGGACACACUGAGAUGAGAAGGCUUUUAUUUGCAGGGAUUACAGACGAGGCUUUCAUGACAAAUCGACCCUUGUCCUAACAUGAGAGGACACACUCAAGAGAAGCCUUAUGUGUUCGGUGAGUGUGGCCAGGGCUUUAGCCAGAAAUCACUCCUCAUUCACAGGAGGACACUCAGGUAGGAGCAUCAUUUGUGCAGGAAGUGUGGACAGAACUUUAGCCAGAACUUAGAUCUUAAACACCAGAGGGCACACUGAGAGUGAGGCAAGACAGCUCAGGAACUAUCAUAGCUCAGAUACAGUUUCUCACAGGCAGGUUUAGAUAAUUAGGAAACCAGAUGGUUAGGCAUCUGCAGCUGCAUACUGUUUUAUCAGGACAUAACUCUUUUUUUUAUUUUGAGUUGCAGUCACUCUG